GAGAGGGGGCGUGGCUAGGCAUGCAGAUAUAGGGGCGGGGCCUGCUUGGGAAAGAAGAAGCGGACUGGAGAAGGUGGCCGAACGUUCGGUCGCAGGCUCCUUUGGACUCAGGAUCUCGGCAACAGGCACGCAAGGCAAUGCAUCUGACGUGGCUCCUGAGCGCUGCCCUUUUAGGGUUGGCAACCUGUGUGCCCAUUGAACGGCCCAAGGAGAAGCAAGAAGAGGAGACUCCCCCUGAGGCACCAGACACAGGUCUCUAUUAUCACCGCUACCUCCAAGAAGUGAUCAAUGUGUUGGAAACAGAUGGGCACUUCCGGGAGAAGCUCCAAGCGGCCAAUGCCGAGGACAUCAAGAGCGGAAAACUCAGCAAAGAGCUGGACUUUGUCAGCCACCAUGUCCGCACCAAACUUGAUGAAUUGAAGCGUCAAGAGGUCUCCCGGCUUCGGAUGCUUCUGAAGGCAAAGAUGGAUGCAACCAUGGAACAAGAUGUACAGGUUGAUCACCUCUCUUUGCUGAAGCAGUUCGAACAUCUGGACCCUCAAAACCAGCACACGUUUGAAGCCCGGGAUCUGGAGUUACUCAUUCAAGCCGCUACUAAGGACCUGGAGAACUACGAUGCCGCUCACCACGAGGAGUUCAAGCGCUACGAGAUGAUGAAGGAGCACGAGCGCCGGGAGUACUUGAAAUCUCUGGAUGAGGAGAAGCGCCAGGAGGAGGAGGCUCAUUUUGAGGCACUCAAGAAGAAGCACAAGGAGCAUCCCAAGGUCAACGUCCCGGGGAGCCGUGAUCAGCUCAAGGAGGUCUGGCAGGAGACCGACGGCUUGGACCCUAAUGAGUUCAACCCCAAGACUUUCUUCAAAUUACAUGACACAAAUAGUGAUGGAGUUCUAGAUGAGCAGGAACUGGAGGCUCUCUUCACUAAGGAGCUGGAGAAGGUCUACGACCCCCGGAACGAAGAGGACGAUAUGUUAGAAAUGGAGGAGGAGCGGCUGCGCAUGCGGGAGCAUGUCAUGCACAAUGUGGACCUUAACAAAGACCGCCUGGUGACCCUGGAAGAGUUCCUCAAAUCUACUCAGAAGAAGGAAUUCAACGAAGCCGACGGAUGGGAGACUGUGGAAGAGACCCAAGUGUACUCGGAAGCCGAGCUUCAGCGCUUUGAGGCAGAGCUGGCAGCCCAGCAGGCGGAAUUAGGCCGGCGAGCGGAGCAGCUUCGCCAGCAGCACCAGGAACUGCAGCAGCGGCAGGUGGAGCUUGAUGCCCAGAAGAAGGAAUUUCAGCAGGUUGUGCUUCAGAUGGAACAGAGGAAAGCCCAAAAGCAGCCUGAGCAGGCACCCCAUGUUGGACCUGAUGGAGAACUGAAGUUCCAAGCCCAGCCGCCGCACGCAGCCCCAGCAGACCAAACACUUCCUCCUCCACCCGAGUCUCAUGCUGGAGGCCCUGCGUUGCCGGAUGCUCCCGCCCUGCAGAACCAGGUGGAACCUCUCCAGAACCAACAGCAUCACGCAAAUCCUGUGGAGCACUGAUGGGUGGGGUUGUGGGGAGCUAGGGUUGCCUUUUCCUCUCGUUUCCCCAUCCCCAUUGCACUUGGAGCUCCCAAAUCCAAACUUUCCUGGUAUACAAUGGGCAAAGGGAAUAGGCAAGAGAUCUCCCCUAUUGCAGAAAACGGUGGGAGGAGUCUUUAACGGAAGCCCUGCCCCCUAAACCAGUCUCUGGCCCCCUCCUCUUCUGGUCGCACACAAAAGAAAAUAAUUACGGGAGCUGCUAAAAAAAGCAACGCACACACAUAAAUCCUCCCCCUUUUUUUAUUUAACCGAUCGGGGCUCUCUGCUUCUCUCUAGCCUCUGAGGGAGCCCUUAGCGGGGCUCUAAUGAGGGAGGUGGAGGAGCGUUUGCCAUGGAAGAACUGAGCAAGAGACCAGCACCACACCUGCCCCGGUCAUUUUCUACUAUUUUCCUGGAUGCACAGGGGGGAAAUCAACAGGGUUGGGAGACAUGAUGCCUCUCUUUCUGACGUCAGUAUUGUAGGCUUGGGCCACUACUUUUCUCCUUUUCAAAAGUUGAUUCCUUGAUAAUGGGAUUGCAGUGUUGAACCUUUUUUAUUUUUAAUUAUUUGGGCCCUUGUAUUUAAAUAAAGCUCUCAAAACACCUC